ACAACAACAAUGUCUUGUUGGUAUUUUGAUAAAGACGAGUUACUUCGAACCCCCUCUGCUCAAGAUGGCAUACCGCAUGAGAAGGAGACCCAGUAUCGUCAAGAUGGAGCAAAGUUCAUCAUAGAUGCUAGCACUAAGAUGGGCUUGGGCUACAACACGAUGGCUACUGGUGUUGUUUUUUUUCAUCGUUUUUACAUGUUUCAUUCGUUCAAAACGUUCCCUAGAUAUCUUACAGCUUGCUGUUGUCUUUUUCUUGCGGGUAAAGUAGAAGAAACGCCAAAAAAAAGUAAAGACAUACUAAAUUUGGCUAAAACAAUAUUACCUAAGCACAAAUAUAAAAACUUCGGAAAAAACCCAAAGGAAGAUUUAUUGAUAAUCGAGCAUAAAUUAUUAAAAACAAUUAAAUUUGAUUUAAAAGUUGAUCAUCCAUAUCGAUUUAUAUCAAAAUAUGCUAAAUGUUUUAAAGGUGAUCAAACUAAACUGACUAAAACAGUACAAAUGGCUUGGACAUUUAUAAAUGACAGCUUAUGUACAACACUUUGUCUUCAAUGGGAACCAGAGAUUAUAGCAAUUUCAUUAAUAUAUCUAGCAUGUAAACUGAGUAAAUUAGAAAUUGUAGAUUGGCAGGAUCGUACUCCAAAUCAAUUACAUUGGUGGGAUAUGUUUGUUGAAGGAUUGAACAAGGAUUUAAUUGAAGAUAUAUGUCAUAAAAUUCUGGAUGUUUAUUCAAAUUCAAAUAAGGAAACGUCACCAUUACCCCCAAGUCAAGACAAAUUAAUUGUUCCAAAGAAAGUUGUACCCUCACAAUCCAUUAAUCAGAAACUAUUGUUGCGAAAAAAUGCUAAAAGAUGCAUGCUCACAUCUGAACAAGAGAUAGAAGCAGCUAUAAACAAACAUGUGAAAUUAAUGACUACAUCGGAUACUUUGCUGGCCAAGAAAUCAUUACCCAUGCCACCAGGAAUUAAACCAUUAAUUUCUAAUGUUACACCAAAACCGCAAAAUAUUCAAAAACCAUUUUUGCCACCACCACCCUUACCACCAAAGUUGUUAUUAGAACAGUUGUCCAUGAAAAUAAUACCUCAACUUCCAUUAAAAAAACCACCUCUACGUACAACGCCAUCAUCACCACCACCACCACCAACACAACCACCGCCACCACUACCAACACUUCCAUCAAACCAACCCUUUUCACCAGCACCAAAUCAAAUGUUAAUGCAACAAGAUGUUUCUACUCAAUUGCUAUUACCAAACAUGCAACCGCAACCACCAUUAUCACCAUAUCACUUUCUUCCGAUGAACUCUUAUCUUUCACUUCAAAAUACAGCUAAAUCGUACGCAAACUCUAAGUUUUCUCUGUCUCAGAAUAUGAUUUCUUCAGUGCCUGAACAGUAUCCCCCACACGAAACGAUGGGUUCUAUUCAGUUCAUUGGUGAAUCUGUUUCUCAGAGACAGCUUUAUGGUGAAAAUUACAAUCAAAGUAUAAACAUGACACAGAAACAACAACAGCUAUUAAGUGAAUUUCAUAGGCAAGAAAACGGACAAAAAUACAAUGACAAUCGUGUAUUUAAUCGAGAUGGUGUCUUUGUUGGUGGUAACUAUGGUAAUGGAUCUCAAUAUUUUGUUGAUGAUGGUCCACAUGACCGCAAUAAAAGUGGUCCACAUCAUGUUGACAACAGUAGUCAACUUUAUUCUCAGUCUCGACACAAAAACAGACAAGUUCGACAUCAUCCAUAUCAAAGACGAUAGUGUUGCUCUUUUAUAAUGUAUGUUUAUGCACAAUUAAAAGUAAUUUAGACAAAUAUUUUUAAGAUUUCAGAUGUAUUCUGUAACUCAUGUCUUUUGAUUAUUGGAAUUUAAGUAUAU